UGGGCCCGCCGGCUUUCCUUCCCCGCUCUUGGCAGCUUUCGGUCUCUUUUUUUCGGCUCUCACAGCAAUGGCGGAGCAGCAGCAGUUCCAGCUCUUACUGGGCAACCUGAUGAGCCCUGACAACAUUGUCAGGAAGCAGUCCGAGGAAGCCUAUGAAAACAUUCCAGGACAGACUAAGGUCACGUUUCUUCUUCAGACCAUCAGAGAUGCUGCAGCUGCUGAGGAGGUUAAACAGAUGGCAGCAGUCCUGUUACGGCGUUUGUUUUCCUCUGCCUUUGAUGAGAUCUACCCUAUCCUUUCAACGGAUUUGCAAAAUGUCAUCAGAAGUGAAUUGUUGUUGGGCAUUCAAAUGGAAGGAUCUCCUAACAUCCGAAAGAAAAUCUGUGAUGUUGCUGCUGAGCUUGCUCGAAACUUAAUAGAUGAUGAUGGGAAUAACCAAUGGCCAGAUAUCCUGAAAUUUCUUUUUGAUUCAGUUAAUUCGCAGAAUGUGGGACUGCGAGAGGCAGCGCUACAUAUUUUCUGGAAUUUUCCUGGAAUUUUUGGUAACCAACAGCAGCAUUAUCUAGAAGUUAUUAAGCGUAUGUUGGCCCAGUGUAUGCAGGAUCAAGAAAAUCCACAGAUUCGAACCCUGGCAGCAAGAGCUGCAGCCUCGUUUGUUCUGUCCCAUGAGAAUAAUAACUUGCUGCACAAGCACUUUGCUGAGCUACUUCCCGGAAUUCUCCAGGCAGUCAAUGACUCCUGUUAUCAAAAUGAUGACUCUGUGCUAAAGUCUUUAGUGGAAAUUGCUGACACUGCUCCCAAAUAUUUACGGCCACACUUAGAAGCUACACUACAGCUCAGCCUCAAGCUAUGUGGUGAUACUAUCCUAACAAACAUGCAGCGCCAGCUUGCCUUGGAGGUGAUAGUUACCCUUUCUGAGACUGCCUCUCCCAUGCUGAGAAAACAUACAAAUAUUCUUGCACAGAGUAUUCCUCAGAUGCUGGCGAUGAUGGUAGACUUAGAAGAUGAUGAUGAAUGGGCAAUAGCAGAUGAAUUGGAGGAUGAUGACUUUGACAGCAAUGCAGUUGCUGGAGAGAGCGCCCUGGACAGAGUUGCCUGUGGCUUAGGGGGAAAGAUUGUUCUGCCUAUGAUUAAGGAACACAUCAUGCAGAUGCUUCAGAACCCUGACUGGAAAUAUAGACAUGCAGGUCUGAUGGCACUGUCAGCAAUUGGGGAAGGUUGCCAUCGUCAGAUGGAGGCGAUCCUCAAUGAAAUAGUCAAUUUUGUGUUACUCUUCUGCCAGGAUCCUCAUCCUAGAGUAAGAUAUGCAGCUUGCAAUGCCAUUGGACAAAUGGCGACAGACUUUGCCCCCUUCUUCCAAAAAAAAUUUCAUGAAAAGGUAAUACCUGCCCUAUUGCAAACCCUAGAAGACCAAACCUGUCCACGUGUCCAGGCUCAUGCUGCUGCAGCACUUAUUAAUUUCACAGAAGACUGCCCCAAAUCUCUGCUGAUUCCUUAUUUGGACAAUCUAGUGAAACAUCUGCACGUUAUUAUGGUGGCUAAACUACAGGAGCUUAUCCAGAAAGGUACAAAGCUUGUUCUAGAACAGGUUGUAACCUCUAUAGCAUCCGUCGCUGACACUGCAGAGGAAAAUUUCGUUCCUUAUUACGACCUCUUCAUGCCUUCUUUAAAACAUGUUGUGGAAAAUGCUGUACAGAAAGAGUUGAGGCUUCUCCGUGGGAAAACUAUCGAGUGCAUCAGUCUAAUAGGGCUGGCUGUAGGAAAAGAUAAGUUUAUGCAUGAUGCUUCUGAUGUGAUGCAACUGCUGCUAAAAACACAGACUGAUUUUAAUGAUCUAGAAGAUGAUGACCCACAGAUUUCAUAUAUGAUUUCUGCAUGGGCACGAAUGUGCAAGAUCCUUGGUAAGGAAUUCCAGCAGUAUCUUCCUGUGGUUAUGGGACCACUCAUGAAAACUGCAUCUAUCAAGCCAGAGGUUGCUCUUCUGGACACCCAGGACAUGGAAGGCAUUAGUGAGGAUGAUGGUUGGGAGUUUGUGAACUUAGGAGACCAGCAGAGCUUUGGUAUUAAAACUGCCGGUUUGGAAGAGAAAGCAACAGCCUGUCAGAUGUUGGUUUGUUAUGCAAAGGAAUUAAAGGAAAGAUUUGUUGAAUAUACUGAACAAGUUGUCAAGCUGAUGGUUCCCUUGCUUAAAUUUUAUUUUCACGAUGGUGUCCGUGUGGCAGCUGCUGAGUCCAUGCCCCUUCUGUUAGAAUGUGCAAGGGUUCGAGGACCAGAAUACUUGACACAGAUGUGGCAUUUCAUGUGUGAUGCGCUUAUCAAGGCAAUUGGAACAGAACCCGACUCGGAUGUCCUGUCAGAAAUAAUGCACUCAUUUGCUAAGUGUAUUGAGCUUAUGGGAGAUGGUUGCCUUAACACUGAGCAUUUUGAAGAACUAGGUGGAAUUCUUAAGGCAAAGCUUGAAGAGCACUUUAAAAAUCAGGAGCUGAGGCAAGUUAAGCGACAAGAUGAAGAUUAUGAUGAAGAAGUUGAAGAAUCAUUACAAGAUGAGGAUGAUAAUGAUGUAUACAUAUUGACAAAAGUCUCUGAUAUAUUACAUUCAGUGUUCAGUAGUUACAAAGAAAAGGUCUUGCCUUGGUUUGAACAACUCCUUCAACUGAUUGUUAACCUUAUUUGUCCUCAUAGACCUUGGCCUGACAGACAAUGGGGUCUAUGCAUAUUUGAUGAUGUAAUUGAGCACUGCAGUCCAGCUUCUUUUAAGUAUGCGGAGUAUUUCCUGCGCCCCAUGUUGCAGUCAUUGUGUGAUAGCAGCCCAGAAGUCAGGCAAGCAGCUGCAUAUGGUAUUGGUGUCAUGGCACAGAAUGGUGGGGAAAACUACAGACCAUUUUGUACAGAAGCCAUUCCACUGAUGGUAGGAGUGAUCCAGGCUGCAGAUUCCAAAGACAAAGCAAAUAUUAAUGCCACUGAAAACUGCAUUUCUGCAGUGGGAAAGGUGAUGAAAUUCAGGCCAGAGUGUGUAAACGUGAAUGAAGUCCUGCCACACUGGCUGUCAUGGCUGCCUUUAAAAGAAGACAAGGAAGAAGCAGUUCACACCUUCAGUUUUCUGUGUGACCUUAUUGAAAGUAAUAAUCCUGUUGUCCUUGGACCUGAAAAUGCCAAUAUCCCUAAAAUAUUUGUAAUAAUUGCUGAUGGUUUUAUCAAUGAAUCUUUCAAAUACGAAGAUGGUUGUUGCAAAAGACUAGCCAAUGUUGUUCGUCAGGUUCAGGUUUCUGGGGGCCUUUGGACACAAUGCAUAUCACAGUUGAAUGAAGCACAACAGAAAGCGAUACAGGAUCUGCUUAGUAAUUCUUGAAAGGCUUUAAAGUUACCUGAAAUAGCAUAAUUUAGCUCUUGGUAAUCUUCCUUUUUGAGCAUCCUGAAAAAUAUAAUUAAAAAAACAAUCUGUAGUGCUUGGAUCACUUUUGCAGAGCACAGAUCGCAUCAACAGACAGCUCAGUGGUGUAGACCAUUUGUGUAAAUGAAUUCCUGUCAGUUGUGGACUGUCUGCAAAGCUAUCCUACAGCACUUGGACUUAGAAUAUUUUUCUAUCAGAAUGCCACACCUUUCAAAGGCAAAAGGGAAAAAUGUUAGACAUAAUGACUUUCUCAUACUUCAUAUCUAGGUGUGUGUUAUUACAUCAUUUUUAUUCAUCUAGUGUUAACCAUACCUUUAAGAAAAUAUGACAUUUUUGUCAGAAGAUUAAAUCUUCCUCUCCUAUGUGCCACUGUCAACUAUGAAUUAAAACCAGUCCAGGGCUCAAUCUAUGACAAUAAUGUUGGUAAUCAGCUGUAAAAUCAGAAUAAAUAUUAAGACAUAAUGUGGAAAGUUACUGCUUUUCAAUUAUAGGUAGCCCAGUGUCAAUGUGCUUGGCAUGUUUUUCAAGUACCUCAUUCACUCCUGGUUAAUAAACAAUGAUGGAAAACAUUGA